UCGGACAACCGUAGGUGUGAUUGAGUGUUCCUCCAUGUUGGCGUUCGCCCGCCGCUGACAGACGGCCGCGUCCCACAGCGCCUCGGUCGGACGUGCGUAGCCCGCGGUUCCGCAGGGCGGUGAGCAGAGCUGCUUGAACUUGGGGCCGCGUUUUAGGGUUAAAGCAGCCACGCUAACGUUAGCUACUACCAGCGCUGCUGCUGCUGCUGCUGCGGGAGCCAGGGUCUGGAAAGGGCGGACGACUCUGACGCUUUCUCCGCCACAAGUCACAUUUCUUGAGUUUUUUUUUUCCGGGUACAACAGCGUCCUCUCACUGGCCCCACAAGAAAAGAAAAGCUGAAAAGCUGAGGUCCCAGAGCUGGCCCAGACGACAACAUGGAGCGGACACACUUUGCCAGAGAAUGAAGACGACGGCGGACGACGACUAAAGAGGAUUACAUGCAACUCGGUGUUGAUGGGGAAAAGUUGAGCUGAGGAUCAACAACUUGGGCUAAAGUGAACAGAGGUUUUCGAGUCUUACCUAUCGUACGAGGGCAUGCGAGAACCGCAGUGAUGGAAACCACGGUUGUGAGUACAUCCUCUCUGGCCACUGAGGAGUUUGACAGGAACAUGCCUCGUAUCUGCGGCGUGUGCGGGGACAAAGCCAGCGGCUUCCACUUUAACGCCAUGACCUGUGAGGGAUGCAAGGGUUUUUUCAGGCGCAGUAUGAAGCGCAAGGCCUCGUUCACGUGUCCAUUCAACGGCAGUUGCACCAUCACCAAGGACAACAGGCGCCACUGCCAGGCAUGCCGACUCAAGCGCUGUGUGGACAUUGGCAUGAUGAAAGAGUUCAUUCUGACAGAUGAGGAAGUGCAGAGGAAGAAGGACCUUAUUCAGCGGAGGAAGGAUGAUGAGGCCCAGCGCGAGGCGGAGAAGGAGGCACGGCGGCCCCGGCUCACUGAUGAGCAAAGUCAGGUCAUCGCCACACUGGUGGAGGCACACCACAAAACAUAUGACGACUCCUACUCUGACUUCUGCCGCUUCAGGCCUCCUGUGCGUGAGGGUCCAGUGACACGUAGCGCCAGCAGAGCCGCGUCCCUCCACUCUCUGUCUGAUGCCUCCUCUGACUCCUUCAGUCACUCUCCAGAGUCAGUAGACACCAAAGUGAACUUAAACAACCUGCUCAUGAUGUACCAGGAGCAGGGCAGCAGCCCUGACUCCAGCGAGGAGGAGGGCUCCAGCUUCUCCAUGCUGCCUCACCUGGCUGACCUGGUCUCCUACAGCAUCCAAAAGGUCAUAGGAUUUGCCAAGAUGAUCCCUGGGUUCAGGGACUUGACUGCAGAAGACCAGAUUGCCCUGCUCAAGUCCAGCGCCAUCGAGGUGAUCAUGCUGCGCUCAAAUCAGAGUUUCAGCCUGGAAGACAUGUCAUGGAGCUGCGGUGCACCUGACUUUAAAUACCAGAUCAGUGAUGUCACCAAAGCGGGCCACACUGUGGAGCUGCUGGAGCCACUGGUAAAGUUCCAGGUGGGCCUGAAGAAGCUCAACCUGGGGGAGGAGGAACAUGUGAUGCUGAUGGCCAUCUGUUUGCUUUCUCCAGACCGCCCAGGUGUGCAGGAUCAUGCACGGAUCGAAGCCCUCCAAGACAGCCUGUCAGAGACCCUGCAGGCCUACAUCCAGCUUCACCAUCCGGCGGGGCGGCUGCUCUACGCCAAGAUGAUCCAGAAGCUGGCCGACCUGCGCAGCCUCAACGAGGAGCACUCCAAGCAGUACCGCUCGCUCUCCUUCCGGCCUGAGCACAGCAUGCAGCUCACCCCGCUGGUGCUGGAAGUGUUCGGCAGCGAAGUCUCCUAGAUGCCCGCCUCGAUCAAACCUCCGAGGGGAAGCUGGAGACGAGACCCCUGGGGGUAAAAAUGGAGGGAGGGAGCUGAGAAUGUGCUGAGUGGACUAAAUGGAGGUGUGGAGGGGGAGUGUGAGUGUGUGCGUAUGUGUGUGCAUGUGGGGUGUGUGGUUUCAUGUGUGUGUGUCAUGUCUAAAGAAGUCUCUCUUGGUGUAAAGGCCAAGGUUGUGUGGAGAGCGAGCAGGUGUUAAGAGACUCUGUAAACAAGGGACCUUCAUAUAAUACAAAUGAACCUAUACAUACAACUAUAUACAGUAUUUGUUUCUGUAUAUAAAAAUCAACAAACCGCUGCUUCAAAAACCAGGACAUUUAGUGUGCACAUGCCGUGCACACACCAACACAACAUACAUAACUCAGUUAUUCAUCUAGCCAUUCAUUUGAGCUACCUCUUGGUUUUACUGGGGUUGUUUUAUAUUUACAUCACCUAUGUGAAACAGUAACCUUUACAUGGAUCAAUUUAGAUACAGUACAGAUGACAUUUCAGUUUAUCAGUGCAAAAGCAGUGCCUGCACAUUACUUUGACAUUUUUGGAUGUUUUCAAAAGAAAAAAAAGUAUAUAUGUAUAAAUAUAUAUCUGUAUUUUGUUUUUCAUUUGCUUCUCUCAAAAGGCAGCCUAUGUAAAUGACUCUGUAUACAAAUCAAACACAAGCCUUUCACCUUUCACCAAAGGUAUGGUCAACAACUUUCUCAAAAAAAGCUUCCAGUACCUAAAACAAAAAAAAAAGUGUCACACCGCGCGUCGUUUCACACGUGCAGCCUCUCGACCUGUGAGCAGGUUGUCUGACUAGCCUCACAGCCUAUGAAGGAAAAUGUCAUUACACAGGUUUAUACCGCCGUCAGAGCGUAGACUGAAAUUUUAGUCAGGUUUUGAUAGGAAUUUGGGGUGCCAGGUUUUUGAGGUGAGAAUUAGCCACUAAGUGUGUUAGUUACUUUUUCACUGCUAACUGUCAAUCAAACUAAGCCUACAUAAUGGCUUGUUUCUCUCUUUUGAAACUGAUUUUCAUUCUUCGUCUCUCUCCUUUUGGCUCAAAUUGUGUAUUUCCCUGUAUAUAGUUAAUUGCUGCCACAUGUAUCCUAAGCACUGUUAUACCACCUUUUACUCAAGCAUAUGUACUGAUAUACAGCAUCUAUAUUAUCACAGAUUUUUAAAGGGCUAAAAUGCCAAAUCUAACUGGAAUAGUAAACGGAGGCCAAAGCAGGGGGGGGCAGGGCAGGGCAGGGCCUGUCUUAGUUGAAACAGUAUAUAUCUGCAUUACCUUACUCUGAUUUGGCAUAGCUACAGAUGUAAUGGCAGUUGUUUGUUUUUCUUUGUGUUUUCUAAAUUACUUCACCUUAAAAAAGAAACAAUUCCAUGAAUUGUUCCUCCUCGGUAAAUAUUGAGCUCGGCGGGCGGAGGGCUUGGGAAGCUGCUUCAGACCUCCACAGAUAUCACACCCCUUUCUUUUCUGACUGGGAAGUGGAUUUUCUAGAAUGUCUGGGGGCCUGGCUGUGGUGGAGGCAUGCCUGCACCUUCACACCCAGGCCCUCCUGUUUGAUGAUGUAUGCUGCGCAGCCCUCUAGUGGUUGCAUUGUGUAAAUACCAAGUAUAUGUGUAUCUAUAUAUAUAUAGAUAUACAUAUCACAACAUAUAUGUAUACUGUAUGUAAUAUGUCCGUCGCUGUACAUAGGGCUACACAUAUAUUUCUCAAGGCAAAUUUUUUUCUAAAAUAUAUAUGCAAAUACAAUAUUGACCCUUUUUGGAUUCAUUAUCCUGAUGUUCUCAAACACUAUGCUCUUUGUUUUGACUUUGAUAAUGUCGUUUGGUGAGAGUGACCUACAAAUUGCUUCAGAUGGGAUUGCUUGUGUAUUUGACUCAGUCAGAUUAUUAUUUGUGUUGUGGUGGGUUUUGACGUUUAUGACUAAUUUUAAUUUUUCAGAAAGAGGACAAGCUAAACAUACCGUGCUGCUCUCUAAUAUAAGCCAUAUAGACCACUGAGCUAGUUAUACACCUGAUGCAUUACAGUACAUCCAACCGAUGACUCCACAGCCUUGGGUAAUCUCAUUGUAUAAUCUACUAAACUCAUGCUAUUUGUCUAUGGCUUUUCCGAAGAUAAGCUUGUGUAUGAUAUGAACUCAUAUGCCUAUACUCUCCUCUGUCAGUCAUCUUUGGCUUAUGCUUCAUCAGACAGCAUCUAAUGGCUUGUAAACCAAACUGCCGAGAGAAUUUCAAUUCUUUUAGGUUUAGAGGCCAGUAAUGUUCGGCUUCGUACACAUGGGAUUCUGCUAAAGUAAAAUGAGACGAUAUUACUUUUUUUUUAUAUACGUAUGAAGACAACUCCCCCCAAAGAAGCAUUGAGUCUAAUCCGUGCCAAGCGCUGGAUGUUUUUUUUAUUUUUACGUGACGCAACCUGGCUUAAAAGAAAAAAUUCUCAGAGGACACAAAAGUCUUAACAGAUUCUUUGUCUUGUAUUUGCUGCGUGUCAGAAGACGUGUUUUAAAACGGUUCCUGUGAUUGGCCCCGCGGGCUUCCUGUGUCAGAACUAGAGCUUCCUUCAUCUCCACAGCCCAGGGUAACUCUGUGAUCUUAGAGGAAGAGAGACAGAGGCAGAGUGUGCAUAUUUUUGUUGUCGAGCUCAACGUGACGUGUUCUCACAACUGCUUUGUGAGAAGAUGACAGUUGUUGCUUUAAUCUGUUCUGUUUUUUUUUAAGUCCAGUCUCUGUCACUGGGGCUUUAUUCCAACUCUUCGCUGUCAGUAAUCAUCAGCUAUCACUGUGAUUCACUGACAGUCUGGGUUCUACACAGAUCCUCUGCAUAGCAUGGAUAGCUUUUUUGGGGGGAGGUUUCUAUAUUGAUGAAAUCAUUAUAAGUUUAAUUUUCUUCCUGAAAAUCACUGGGACUAUAGUGUGUGUGUUUGUGUAUAUACACAUGUCCCACCAUGUCCCUGCUGCGAUUGAACAUUGCGGAGUCGAGUCUCGAGCGUCUGUAGGCAGUACCACUCAUAUGUAUAGUAUGUUAGUAUGUUAGUCUGAUGAGGGGUAUGAUGUGCUUGGUUACUGAACACUGACUUUUGAAGAUUUGAAGAGUCUCCAUGUUGAUUUUUCUCUGAGUACAUACUUCUUGUAUGUAGACAUCGGUUUGAUUAUGUUCUACUUCCUUUUCUUUCUUUUUUUGAGAUAGCGAUGCAGUGUUGAUUUGUGUAUUAAUACAGUGGGAGCAGAGUUCCCGCCAUAUAAUGAUAGGAUAAAAAAAAAGAGGAGUUGCUCUUUUGGGGGGGGGUUGAAAACCAAACAGGAAAGAGUGUUGAGGAUGCAUCAUAAAGCUGCUGAUUGUAAAAAGUACAUCUGUGACGCGCUGGGGGAAUUCUGACUCUAGGCGUCGUCAUACGAAGGGAAUUCCCUGUUUCCUUUUUAGACUGAAAAUGUAACUUGACAUUUUCCCCAUUAAAUUCCCCAAAAACACGGUUAAAUCUAAAUAUGGUACAUUCCUGCAGCUUUCCUGUUUGUUUGUUUUUCCCCCUGGUCGCCUGCUCAGCCUCCAUGAAUUGAAUCGCUGCAUCGUGUUUGUGAAAAUACUGGACCUGGAAAACCAUAUGUCAGUGGAAAUUUACACUACAAAUGAGAAGGAUCUAUCCAUGAGGAAAUUUCCUCAAAAUCGGCAACUUAACAACAGUAACAAUGCCUGCAGCAACUCAUGGUACAUUAUCACCAGCAAGCUUUACAGUUUAUCAUGUUAGUAGACAUGUUUUUUGUAUAACCGUUGCCAUUACAAAUCCUGUCUUUAGAAACGUGUAUAUCGUUCAUAGACAUCAGUCGGCUAUCUCCCAGCUUUUCCUUUUUAUUAUCAUUAUUAUUUUUAUUAUUUUGUUCCUCCCAUUAGGACAGGGAUUGUAAUGGAAUCAAGUUAAUGUAGUUCUUACAAAAAAGGAGUGUCCACAAUGGAUGUACACCAUAAUCUACCUAAAAUACCUACCUCUCUUAGCUCAGAUUUUUUUCAGUAUUAAGCAUUUGCCUCUGUUUUUACUUUUUGUAAUAUUUGUAUUCAUGUUGGUAUUUAUUGCUGUCUAAUGAGUCAUACUUCAAUGAUUACCUCAGAGAUAUCUCAGAUUUUGGGAGAGUCCAGCUAAUGAAGUCAUUCUGUUUUGGUUAUUUUUUAUAUAUUUUUUUUCUUCUCAGACUUAACAUUGCCUCUUCUUUUUUUUUUACGCACAAAAUACCAGGAGUGUUUUUUUUCAUAUAGUGCCUGCACUCUGACCAGCAGGGCUCAGACUGGCUAGGAUGAGGCUGCAUUAGCUCCAGAAGUGACGUCCUUCUCUGCAUGUUUGUCCCUCUGCUCCGUCUUUGGGAUAUCUAUGUAGUGUUCAGCAACAGAUGUCAUUGAUCUCAUUGCUGUGCCCCUCUACGCAGUUGACUUGCUCCGCAAAGCUCUCCUGUUUGCCCUUAAGAACUAUAAAGACAAGGUAGAUGUCCGUAUAGUUACUAAGGGCAAAUGGAACAGGAGUGGAUGCGGCUGCGUGGAGGGAACAACCUGGAAGACUUAGUGGCAGCAGAAGAAACGAGGGGUGUGUUUGCGCUUCACUCGGUACUGUUAGCGUGGUCUUUUUCUCUGUAGAUCCUUCCUCUCGCCUCUUAUUUCCUCUGGGCCCUCUCUGUCUCUUCACCUCUCCUCCUGUCCUAAAGUCUGCUCCCACACCUUCAUCAUUCCCUGCCAAUGUUUGGUCAAACGAGGGGGAAUCAGGAGACGGGUGAACUCCUCAGUAUCCAUGCAAUGCUGCUUUUAUUAUCACAAGCAUCACCUAGUUGUGUGUUAUCUGACACUACAUGAUGUGGGAAUCAUCCAAAGGUCUGCCGCCCCUCCCACCAGUGACAGCGGCGCGACCAACCUCAUUGGAAGAUUGUGUCUUUUGGAAUACACGCACUUACAAAACGUAACUUAGUGAUGCUUAUUAGGGUGAAAAACUAAUUCCAUUCAGAUCCGUGUUUCAUUUUAACAGAGCAACUACUCACUUUGGAUGAUAUAAAACCUUUUAUUUUUUUCUAUUAAUGUCAAACUGCUUCAGGUAAACACUGAAUGAAAUUAGAGUUCUAUGAAUCAGUGAAUACUAGGGAACAAUGUGGCCAUGGUCACAUCGACCCAGAGCUGUGUGCCAUAAUAUGACCCUUUUAGUGCAGGGGAGGGUGUUUAAUGAAGCUGGCUUCAAAUGAUCCCAAGCUCAAUUUCAAUGGGAGGCUUGUCUGAGUGGGAGGUCGGCUUCAAACUUAGUAAUCUGUCAGACGUGUAUUGAUUUUAUUUUUUUAAAUAACGAGAAUUUGAAUUAGGCAUUGAAUUCUAACCCUGCAUUGUGAAUCCAAAUCAUGCCACAUUCAAUUAAAUGAUAUGCCUGAACCAACAAAAAGCACUUAAUGUAAUGUUUGUAACACAUGCAUACUGAUGAAUCGACGAGCCAUACACUGCCUGUGUAUAGGUCAGCAUGAUAUGGCUGCAAUUAUCAAAAAUAAAGUCACCUAAAUUCUAUUGUAAUUGCAAUUUAUCUUUUGUCUCUUUUUUCCUUCAAAGAUCUUCUUUUUUUCUAUUAUAAAUUGGUGUUUAUGUAAUGUUAUUUUUGUCAGAUGUUUUGCAAAUCAAAAAUAAACAGUUGUACAUAGCA